AUGUCUAGAGCAAGAGAUAUUGGAGCUCAAGGAGGAUUAGGUUUAGGGUCAAAGGAAGUCAAGGGGGAAGCAACAUUUUUCGGGUUUGACUUUGACUUCCAGCUCGAUCGAGUUGAAGCUUGGCCGGUCGAGUUGAGGAACUCGACCGGUUGGUCGAGUAGACGGUCGAGCUGGUCUUCAAGAUGGCUUCUCCCUUCUUCCUUUGCGUAUCCAGUUGAGCUGCUUCCAUGUGCCAAGUCCCUCCAUGCUCCUUAUGUCCCAUAUGCUCCAGAAUGCUCCAAAAGACCUAUUUCAAAGGACCAAACAUGCAUAUGUAUGCAAAUGCAACCUAAAACUAACAUGAAUGCAUAA